AUGUCGGCCCAAGAUCCUUCCCUGACGAAUUGGCCUGCUGUGGCGAGCUAUGCCUCGACCCGCAAGGACACUUACCCGUUCAUCGAUCCCGCCAAAUCCGACCUGACAGGCAAGUCGGUCUUGAUCACGGGCGCCUCCAAGGGCAUCGGCAAAGCGACUGCGAUCAGCUUCGCCAUCGCGGGCUGCUCGAAGAUACUGCUGCUCGCUCGUUCGGACCUGUCCGACGUCGAGACAGCCAUCUACAACGCCGCCAUGAAGGCAAACAGGCCCCAGCCAUUCGUGCGUUCCCUGAAGGUGGACGUGACCUCAGAGGACUCCGUGAGAGCGGCCGCCGAGACCGCGGCCGACGUCCUCGGUGGCAGCCUCGAUGUCCUCAUCAAUAACGCGGGCUACCUGGAGGAGUGGAAGCGCAUCACCGAGUCCGAGCCAAGCGAGUGGUGGCGGACUUGGGAGGUUAACAUCAAAGGCACCUAUCUCGCAGCCCACUUCUUCGUUCCACUGCUGCUCAAGUCGCAGACUAAGACGAUUAUCAACAUCAGCAGCGGUGGUGCUCAUGCGGUGUUUCCCGGUGCGUCGGCCUAUCAGACGACAAAGUUCGCCCUCUGCCGCCUUACCGAAUUCAUGGAUCAGGAAUACCACCAGCAGGGUUUGAUCGCCAUCUCACUCCAUCCCGGGGCUGUCAAGACCGAGCUGGCCAUGAACAUGCCCCCAGAGAGACAAGCUGUCCUGACCGAUACCCCCGAGCUACCUGCAGACACGCUGGUGUGGCUCGCCCGUGAACGACGCGACUGGCUUGCCGGCCGAUUCGCCUCGGUGAGCUGGGACAUGGAGGAGCUGGAGCAGAAGAAGAAGGACGUUCUUCAAAGAGACUUGCUAAAGUUCCGCGUGGUGAUUUGA